AUGACUACACACACUUGGGGAGUGUGGGCCAUCUACAUGGUCUUAGCUGCAACCCUCUCUGAACAGCAAGAGUUGAAGCAGGUGUGUCCUUCAUGUGAUGCCACUCAGCUUUGCAACUGCUCUUCCAGGGGCUUGGACAACAUUCCUCCAGGGCUCACAGCCAGAACCACUGUGUUAGACCUGGCCCACAACAGGAUAAAGCACAUCCAAUCCCAGGACCUGCAGCAGGCUGUGAACUUGAGAAUCCUGCAGCUGCAGUCCAAUGAAAUCAGCUCUAUAGAUGAGGACUCGUUUCAGUCCCUUGUGAAACUGGAGCUCUUGGACUUGUCAAAUAACCACUUGGCUCACUUGUCCCCGGUGUGGUUUGUGCACCUUGUUUCUCUAGAUCAUCUCCAUCUUCAAGGCAAUUUUUACAGAGACCUGGGGGAAAGCUCUCCCUUUUCUAGCCUGAGGAACCUGAGCUCUCUCCACCUGGGCAACCCGCAGUUCUCUGUGAUAAGGCAAGGGAACUUUGAGGGCAUUGAGUUCCUCAACAAGCUGCGGAUUGAUGGUAGCAAUCUCAGUCAGUAUGAGCAGGGAAGUUUGAAGUCAGUUAAGAAGAUAAAUCACAUGAUCGUAAACAUAAGAAGCAUUAAUAUAUUCUCAGCAAUUGUUAGGGACCUUCUGCACGCUGUCACUUGGCUAGAAGUGAGAAGAAUAGCAUUCAGUAUCUCUGCUGAAAUGCAGCUAUUGAGAAUCAUGUCUUCUUCAUUUGCAAAGAAGAUUUCUCUUAAACAGACCUUAUUAACAGAUGCUACUGUGCCUGAGAUUGUCAACAUUUUAGAAGACAUGCCAAAAUUAGUGGAGUUGGAGCUGAUAGACUGUAGACUCUUGGGAACUGGACGAUGGGAAAUGCAAAUUCAAGGAAACCAAUCACAGACCUUUAGAAUUCUGACAAUAGAGAAGUUAUCUAUAGAGGAAUUUUACUUAUUCACCGAUCUUAAGACUGUGGAAGGUUUACUAUCUCUUCUUACCAGAGUCACAGUUCAAGACACCAAGGUCUUUCUGGUACCAUGCAGAAUUUCACAACAUCUUGUGUCAUUAGAGUACCUUGACCUUAGUGCAAAUUUACUUGGAGACCAGAGUUUAGAGCAUUCGGCCUGUCUGGGCGGUUGGCCAUCACUGCAAACUCUAAAUUUAAGUCAGAAUUCACUUAGUGACUUAGAAAUGACAUGUAAAAGUUUGUCUCAUCUAACAAAACUAAUUGUUUUAGACAUUAGCCAGAAUAAUUUUGGU